GCGUAUGGGUAUCGUUGCUACUUCGUCCACGUCCUGGAUCUGGCCUGAUGGGGCCGACGUCAACCCGAUGAGCUACUUCCCCGUCACUGUUCAGGAGCUCGUGUUUCGUGCUGUGGAGGCGUGGCAGUAUUGUAAGGUCGCGGAACAUCUCGAGGUUGACGACUUCGCCAACGGGCUGAUCUUGGGACCCCUGAAGGCCCUCCUUGGCAGCAAGAGUAAGUUGUCGGCCCAGCAGCAGGGCCACCUCCGCAGCACG